UGGGCUCCACCAAGAAGAUCAAUGUCAACUUCCAGGAUCCAGAUGGCUUCUCAGCUCUGCACCACGCGGCCCUCAAUGGCAACACUGAGCUGAUCUCCCUGCUGCUGGAAGCCCAGGCUGCUGUGGACAUCAAGGACAACAAGGGCAUGCGGCCCUUGCACUAUGCGGCCUGGCAGGGCCGGAAGGAGCCCAUGAAGCUGGUGCUAAAGGCGGGCUCAGCGGUGAACGUCCCAUCCGACGAGGGCCACAUCCCCUUGCACCUGGCGGCUCAGCACGGGCACUAUGAUGUGUCGGAGAUGCUCCUGCAGCAUCAGUCGAACCCCUGCAUGGUGGACAACUCGGGGAAGACGCCCCUGGACCUGGCGUGCGAGUUCGGCCGCGUCGGGGUGGUCCAGCUGCUUCUGAGCAGUAACAUGUGUGCUGCAUUGCUGGAGCCACGGCCGGGGGCCACCGACCCCAACGGCACCAGCCCCCUGCACCUGGCAGCCAAGAAUGGCCACAUCGACAUCAUCAGACUCCUCCUCCAAGCCGGCAUCGACAUCAACCGGCAGACCAAGUCCGGCACAGCACUGCAUGAGGCCGCGCUCUGCGGGAAGACAGAAGUGGUCCGGCUUCUGCUCGACAGCGGGAUCAACGCCCAGGUGCGCAACACCUACAGCCAGACGGCCCUGGACAUUGUGCAGCAGUUCACCACGUCGCAGGCCAGCAAGGAGAUCAAGCAGCUGCUGCGAGAGGCCUCAGCGGCCCUGCAGGUCCGAGCGACCAAGGAUUACUGCAACAACUAUGACCUGACCAGCCUGAACGUGAAGGCCGGGGACAUCAUCACCGUCCUGGAGCAGCACCCAGAUGGCCGGUGGAAAGGCUGUGUUCAUGACAACCGGACGGGCAAUGACCGCGUUGGCUACUUCCCAUCCUCCCUGGGAGAGGCCAUCAUCAAGCGAGCUGGUUCCCGAGCAGGCCCUGAGCCAAGCCCACCCCCAGGAGGUGGCUCGUCUGGGCCCUCUGCCCCUCCGGAGGAGAUCUGGGUUCUCAGGAAGCCUUUUGCAGGUGGCGACCGCAGUGGCAGCUUGAGUGGCACAGCUGGCGGCCGGGGCAGUGGGGGCCAUGCCCUGCACGCAGGCUCUGAAGGGGUCAAGCUCCUGGCGACAGUACUGUCCCAGAAGUCUGUCUCCGAGUCCAGCCCUGGGGACAGCCCCGUCAAGCCUCUGGAAAGCCCUGCAGGCGCCGCCCGGGCCCAGCCUCCAGUGCCGCAUGCUGGGCAGGCCCAUGUGGAGCAGCUGUCCAGGAAGCAGGAGCUGGCGUCUGAGGGCAAGAGCGCCGAGGCGGUCAGCCAGUGGCUGGCCACGUUCCAGCUGCAGCUUUACGCACCCAACUUCAUCAGUGCCGGCUACGACCUGCCCACCGUCAGCCGCAUGACCCCUGAGGACCUGACGGCCAUCGGUGUCACCAAGCCCGGCCACCGGAAGAAGAUCACAGCUGAGAUCAGUGGCCUGAGCAUCCCCGACUGGCUGCCUGAGCACAAACCCGCGAACCUGGCUGUGUGGCUGUCCAUGAUCGGUCUGGCUCAGUACUACAAGGUCCUGGUGGACAACGGCUAUGAGAACGUUGACUUUAUCACCGACAUCACCUGGGAGGACCUUCAGGAGAUCGGCAUCACCAAGCUGGGACACCAGAAGAAGCUAAUGCUGGCCGUGCGGAAGCUGGCAGAGCUGCAGAAGGCGGAACAUGCCAAGUACGAGGGGGGCCCCCUGCGCCGGAAGGCACCCCAGUCACUCGAGGUGGUGGCUAUCGAGUCGCCACCCCCACCUGAACCUACCCCGGCCGACUGCCAAUCUCCGAAGAUGACCACCUUCCAGGACAGUGAGCUCAGUGGGGAGCUGCAGGCGGCCAUGACUGGCCCAGCCGAGGGCGCUACCGCCCCAGAAAAGCCCUACACCCAGCUGCCACCCACCCCAAGGGGUGGUCUGCGGCAGGAGCCCAGCCUGGGCGGGCGAGCCCGCCACAUGAGCAGCUCCCAGGAGCUGCUGGGCGAUGGGCCCGUGGGACCCAGCAGCCCCAUGUCACGGAGCCAGGAGUACCUGCUAGAUGAGGGGCCAGCCCCGGGGACCCCGCCCAAAGAGGCCCGGCCCAGCCGCCACGGCCACAGCGUCAAGAGAGCCAGCGUGCCCCCAGUGCCCGGUAAGCCGCGGCAGGUCCUUCCACCGGGCACCAGCCACUUCACACCCCCCCAGACGCCCACCAAAGCCCGGCCGGGCUCUCCCCAGGCCCUAGGCGGGCCUCACGGUCCCACCCCGGCUACGGCCAAGGUGAAGCCCACCCCGCAGCUGCUGCCACCGGCAGAACGUCCCAUGUCUCCUCGCUCGCUGCCCCAGUCGCCCACCCACCGAGGCUUUGCCUACGUGCUGCCCCAGCCUGUGGAGGGAGAGGUGGCCCCGGCGGCCCCAGGGCCGGUGCCCAGGCUGUGCCUGCCCCCCGAGGCUGAUGGCGAGCCCGGGCGGCCAAAGAAACGCGCCCACAGCUUGAACCGCUACGCCGCAUCCGACAGCGAGCCCGAGCGGGACGAGCUGCUGGUUCCCGCUGCGGCGGGGCCCUACGCCACGGUGCAGCGGCGCGUGGGCCGCAGCCAUUCUGUACGGGUGCCAGCUGGCGCCGACAAAAACGUCAACCGCAGCCAGUCCUUCGCCGUGCGGCCCCGCAAGAAGGGGCCCCCGCCCCCCCCGCCCAAGCGCUCCAGUUCCGCCAUGGCCAGCGCAAACCUGGCUGAUGAGCCAGGGCUGGACGCUGAGACCAAGGGGGCUGGGCCUGAGGACGGCGGGCCAGGGGUCCGGGCACAGCGCCGCCGGGCCAGCGACCUGGCCAGCAGCGUGGACACGGGCAGUGCGGGCAGCGUCAAGAGCAUCGCGGCCAUGCUGGAGCUGUCCUCCAUUGGGGGUGGGGGCCGGGCUGCCCGCAGGCCCCCUGAGGGCCACCCCACGCCCCGGCCUGCCAGCCCCGAGCCCGGCCGCGUGGCCACGGUGCUGGGCUCCGUGAAGCACAAGGAAGCGAUCGGGCCAGACGGGGAAGUGGUGAACCGCCGGCGCACACUCAGCGGGCCCGUCACGGGGCUACUGGCCACCGCGCGCCGGGGGCCUGGUGAGCCGGCGGCGCCCGCAGAUCAAGGCCCCUUUGCCGAGGAUGGACCUGCACGGCAGCGGCCCCGAGGCCCAGCCAAGGGCGAGAGCGGCAGCGAGGGCCCGCCCCUGGCCAGGGUGGAGGCCAGCGCCACUCUUAAAAGGCGCAUCCGGGCCAAGCAGAGCCAGCAGGAGAAUGUCAAGUUCAUCCUGACGGAGUCGGACACCGUCAAGCGAAGGCCCAAGGCCAAGGAGCGGGAAGCGGGCCUGGAGCCGCCCCCGCCGCUGUCUGUGUACCAGAACGGCACGGGCACCCUGCGACGCCGGCCCAUCUCGGAGCAGGGCGCGCCCCCAGAGCUGCCGCCACCACCCCCGCCCGCAGAGCCGCCACCUCCUGACCUGGCACACCUGCCCCCGCUGCCCCUGCCAGACGGCGAUGCUCGGAAGCCAGUCAAGCCGCCCGUCUCUCCCAAGCCUGUCCUGGCUCAGCCUGUGCCCAAGGUGCAGGGCUCCCCUACGCCGGCGUCCAAGAAGGUGCCGCUCCCAGGCCCAGGCAGCCCAGAGGUGAAGCGCGCCCAUGGGACGCCACCGCCCGUGUCGCCCAAGCCACCGCCGCCGCCCACGGCGCCCAAACCGGCCAAGGCCUCUGCGGGGCUGCCCUUGGGCAGCACCAGCCCGUCGCCCGCUCCGUCGCCGGCGCGCCAGCCGCCCGCAGCCCUCGCCAAGCCGGCCGGCACUCCACCCCCAGGAGGCGUGAGCCCCGCCAGGCCUCCGUCUCCCCCCUUGGCCGCCGAGGAGAAAAGCACUGGCAGCAUCUUGGAUGAUAUCGGCAGCAUGUUCGACGACCUGGCCGACCAGCUGGACGCCAUGCUGGAGUGA